AUGGAUGACCGUCGGAAUGACAAAAAGAAGCGUCUAGCACCGUCGAGAUGUACAAUUGAAAUACGUAGGUAUACUUUAAACAGGGAAGCGGAACCUAGCACAUCAUCGAUUCACUUAUUAGGAACUGAUGAAAUAGGAUCUUUACCAUCGUUAUCGUUUAUAGAACCGAUGCUAACUAGUACGCCAAAAUUCGAUUCUAUGACACAUUGCCCUAAAACGUCUUCAUUGGAUACAGAAAUAGGAAGUAGUUUAGUAAACGGUAUACCCUUUCAUGUGUCUGGUGUCGAAAAUCAUCAAUUAUCUGUAGAUUUGUCAUCUGAUGCUGAUACAGUGAUUUCUAAAGAACCUAUUAGAUCUUCAUUAGAUAUUACAGAAACAGGAAAUAGUUUAAUGUUCGGUGUACCCUUAUGUAAUGUGACUGAUGUUGAAAAUCAUGAAUUAUGUGUAGAUUCGUCAUCUGAUGCCGAUACAUUAUUUUAUAGCACUCUUGAAGGCAGAAGAAUAGUAGACAUAUCUCACUUAUUCGAUCAAAUUAAAAACACCGUUCACGAUUCAGCAUUUGGCUGUACUUUUAUAGAUAUGCAAUUUCAGUCGGAAUGUAGAAGAGGAUAUAAAUCGGUUUUUAUAUUUAAAUGUAAAAUGUGUUGUAAAAGUAGUUCAAUUACUACGGAAAAAGAUGUACCAGAAAAUAAUUACUUACCAAUAAAUAAAGCGGUAGUUAGUGGAAGUUUAUCUAUUGGGAUUGGAUUUACUCAAUUAAAUGAACUUUCGGCUUCCCUCGAAAUACCUUGCCUCUCAGCUACUUCUUUUUCAAAAUAUCAAGUAAAAGUUGGAAAUGCUGUUCAGGAUACAGCAUGGGAUGAAAUGAUUAAAGCUGGGAACGAAGAGAGACAAUUAGCUUUAGAAUGCGGAAAUACUGACGUUGAUGGUACACCAAUGUGCACUGUAGUUGCGGAUGGCCAGUGGUCUAAACGCAGCUACAAAACUAAGUACGAUGCAUUAUCAGGAGCGGCUACAAUAAUUGGGUACAAAACUGGUAAAGUUUUAUUUGUCGGCAUUAAAAAUCGGUACUGUGCAGUGUGCCAGAGAUCGAAAUCUCUAAGCCAAGAAAUUCCAAAACAUAAUUGUUUUCUUAAUUGGAAACAAGCGUCCACUGCAAUGGAGGCCGGUGGUAUAGUGGAAGGUUUUUCAAAAAGCGUUGAAAUGCAUGGACUCAAAUUUAAUAAGCUUAUUGGGGACGGAGACAGUAGUGUUGUGAAACGACUAAAUGAGAUUUUACCAUAUGGCCCUAGAUUCAUGAUACAAAAGAUCGAGUGUCGAAAUCACUUGCUGCGCAAUUAUAUAAGUAAACUUAAAAUGCUGGCUACAAAAACUGAAUAUCCAGUAACAAUACGAAAGUUUAUCGUGACUAAUAUCCUAAGAUUUCGAUCUGAUGUUACUAAAGCAAUUAGUUAUCAAAAAGAUAUAUUGGAUAAAUCAAAGAAUCAAAAAAUUGCAGAUCUUAAAAACGAUUUGAAGAAUGCACCUUAUCAUAGAUUUGGACAGCACCAAGAAUGUAAUUCUUAUUUUUGUAAAGGGUCAAAAAUAGGUGAAAUCAACAUGAUACCAGAAGCAUUACGAUGUGGUAUUUUACUAGAAAUAGACAAAAUUACAUCUCGUUUAGUAAAUAAUAGCUCCAGCUUAAUUGAAGAUCUAGAUAACAAUAUAUGCGAGCAAUUUAACUCAAUUAUCAAUAAAUACGUGGGUGGAAAAAGAAUAAAUUUUUCGCAAAGUAAUAAUUAUUCGACCAGAAUAAAAGCAGCUAUUAUUUCCUUUAAUUCUAAAGCAUAUUUAAGCACAAUCCAUAAGAAAAUUAUGAAUUUUAGUCCAGGAACAAUUGGUAAAAAGUUCAUGAAAAAUACUGAUCGAAUAAGACUAAAUACUAUAAACCGACGGAAAUUGUACAAUAGUAAAAAAAUCCAUAGGAAGAAAAUGGUUAGUGCCCGAUCAAAAGGUCCUGACAGUCAUUAUGGGUUAGCUGAACCUCUAAUGGAUACUUUAGAUGAAGAUGAACUACGAAAAAAGAAAAAUUCAUUUAUUCAAUAUCUACAUACAGUUGACUUAAAAAAAAUUGAAAUCGAUACGAGGGAUCAAAACUUGAAUCCCAAUUGGUUUCAAGAACGAAAAAUUAGGUUGACAGCUUCACGAUUUGGUGAAAUUUGCAAAAUGCGACCAAACACCAGCUGCAAGACCAAAGUCCAUAACAUACUGUAUAAGCCUCCUGUUACAUCUAAACAAAUGAGUUAUGGGCAUAAUAUGGAACAUGAAGCUAGAAAAAAACUAGAGGAGAUCAUUAAGCUGGACGUUCAAUUAAGCGGGCUUGUUAUAGAUACUAAUUUUCCAUAUUUAGCAGCAAGUCCAGAUGGUUUGGUUGGGGAUCAUGCUAUUGUAGAAAUAAAAUGCCCAUACACAGCAAAAGAUAGCGAAAACAGUGUUGAUGCCUUGUCAUAUUGUAAUAUAACACAAGAAAAUAAACUUCAGUUAAAAAAUGAUCAUCAGUAUUAUUAUCAAGUUAUGGGUCAACUUCAUAUAACACGUAGAAAUGUAUGUUAUUUUGUUGUUUACGCCAAAAAAUGGAUAAGUGUGGAACAUAUUUAUUACGACAAAACAUUUUGGGAAGAAAAAAUGAUCAAAAAGUUAAAUUUGUAA